GACAUAUUCCCCCGAGUCUGAUGGAAAACGUGGAGGUUUUCCGAAUCAUACUUGUUAUCAAGACGCCAUGUUUCAGGCUCAAACAGUCUAGCACCUGUCAUUUCGAACUCUGAGAUCUAGCUUUACUUCGCAAUGAGUGAUCUCCUCCUCGACCCGGUUCAAUUCAAAAUUGAACCAAUACAAAUUCCUGCGACAAAAAUCGCAAGACAUGGUAACAGUGCUACCUGUACAGGAGGGCUCGCUGACAUCUGGAAAUGUUCGAUGACCACAAAAUCUGGAACCAAACGCCUCGUCGCUGUCAAAUCUAUCAGGAUCCUUACAGCAACAGAUGUUAAAAUAUUAAAAAAGAUAAGCGAAAGAGUUCGUCGCGAAGCUUAUGUUUGGAUACAGUUAAAACACGACCACAUUCUCCCUCUCGAUGGUGUGGCUGAAGAAUUCGGGUUACUUCCGGCACUAGUGUCUCCGUGGAUGGAAGAAGGAUCGCUUGACGAUUACUUGAAGCGCGAGUUUUCUAGAUUAUCUGACCGUCGAAAAUGGGAGCUUGUAUGGCAGGUAGCUGCUGGUGUUAGUUACCUGCAUCAGCACGGCGAGGGUAUCGUGCACGGUGACUUGACAGCAACUAACGUUCUGGUUGACAAGUCCGGUCGCCUCCGUCUCGCAGACUUUGGUCUAUCGAUGAUCCUUGCCGAGGCAGGAAACGCUACAUUCGCUUCCUGUCAUCCAGGAAACGUACGUUGGAUGCCCCCCGAGGCCCUCCGAGACGGCGAUGAAGAUGAUGACGAAGCUAAAGACGAGAAGCCAACCAAAGCUUGGGAUGUCUAUUCAUAUGGCUGUGUAGUGUUCCAGAUCUUUUCAGGAAAACAGCCCUACGCCUGGAUACAAAGUGUUUUACAGGUUAUGGGCGCGAUGCAGAAGGGACGUGGGCCUUUCAAGGGUAUAGAGAGUCAUGGGGCGUAUCAACAGUUCUCGCCGUGCUUGAAUAAGGUAUCAGCCAGUCGCCCGACGAUAGAUAUUAUCAUGGGAGUUCUGGAAUCACGCCGGUAAGCUUCGUCGUAUAGUAAGAUAAAACAAUAGUGUAUACCAAUCACAGUGACGAAGUUG